AUGAACAAGCAUCGUUGGCGUGUGGGGAUCAUGACUGAGAUGGCUCCCAUUGGUUAUGUUGGUGUGAGCCCAAAGUGCAUUCUUGAUUUUAACAAGAAUCAUGGAGAGGAAAUAUCAUUGCGACUUCGAACUGAUGACCUCAAAGGUUUCGGGAAAUACGAAAGCAUCAAGAAAACUCUACAGCAUGAACUUGCUCACAUGAUAUACUCUGAACAUGAUGCAAACUUUUAUGCUCUGGAUAAGCAGUUAAAUCAAGAAGCUGCUAGUUUAGAUUGGACCAGAUCUGCAGGCCACACUUUGAGUGGAGUGAGGAGUUCUGAAAUCUAUGAAGAUGAUUUUAUGGCUGAGGACAGUAACAAUAUUCCUCAGAAGCUUGGUGGUAAUAGGUCAGACCAGCUAAUGAGUGCUCGUGAAUCUUCAGUUACUGCUGCUUAG